GAAAUUUAAUUUGUAUAUAAUCCAUCGAUUAUCUAAAGUUGAUAAUUAAGUUUGUUAAAUAUCGGCUAAUUUUUAAGUAUCUAGCUGGAGGCUAUGUUAUCGUCGUCUUGGUGAUUCAACGAUUUGUUCGAAGAUGGAGAAUUCCAAAAAAUAACAAAGAUUUGAUGCGUUUCCAUCCAAUAAUAGAUUUUUAUAGAGGUGGGAAAAGCAUUUAAAUCCUGCUAUCGCGUAGUAAGACUGGCCUCGAGUGGCGAAUCUGAUGACGGUGGGCUUGUACCACCACCUUGUAAGAAAAGGCACUUGGAUACGGAAGAAACCAUGUUGCAGCCUACUAAUGGCGUUUUGCAACACAAUGGAUCUGUGGAUCAGCCCUCCAGUUCAUCUAUUAAUGGUACUGGCAAUGGAGAUGGACAAGUACAAAACAAUGGGUGCAUUAAGGGAGGUUCAAGUCAGGAAAUUAUUCGCCUUAUAGGUCAACAUUUAAAACUCAUAGGUCUAAAUCAAACUGCUGAAGUUUUGAUGCAAGAAUCAGGAUGCCGCUUGGAGCAUCCUGCUGCCACACAAUUCCGACAUCAUGUCAUGGAUGGUGAAUGGAACAAAAUAUUUAGUGUUCUGUUUGUUGAAUGCAUAUAUUAUGUAAGUUCAGAUUUGAACGAACUUCAGACUCUAGUAGGAAGUUCAUGCAAAUACUUUUUGGAUAUGAAGUUUUUGAUAUUUGAACAAAAAUACUUAGAAUAUUUGGAGGAUGGAAAAGUUUUAGAUGCACUCCAUGUUUUGCGUAAUGAAUUAACACCUUUACAACACAAUAUUGAUAAAGUUCAUAUUUUAAGCAGUUAUAUGAUGUGUAGUGGUCGUGAAGAAUUGAUGAAACGAGCGAAUUGGGAGGGGAAAGGUCUUAAAUCUAGAACUACACUUAUGGAUAUGAUACAAAAAUUUCUUCCUCCUCAUAUCAUGUUGCCACCAAAAAGGUUGCAUAUGUUGUUGAGUCAAGCUAUAGAAUUGCAAAGAAAUCAAUGUUUAUUUCAUAACACAACAUAUGAUGACUCCAUAGAAAAUGUAUCUUUACUUACUGACCAUAAGUGUUCAUUAGAGCAAAUUCCAUGUGAAACAGUUCAAAUUUUGACAGAACAUUGUGAUGAAGUUUGGUUUUGUCGUUUUUCACCCAAUGGUAAAAAAUUGGCCACAGGUUCAAAGGAUGCUUCUAUUAUUAUCUAUGAUGUUGAUCCAGAAACUUUGACUGUCGAGCAAUCAAUUACUUUAGAUGGUCAUUCCUAUGGCGUGAGUUACCUUUCUUGGUCACCAGAUGGUGAACUUCUCAUGGCCUGUGGCCCAGAAGACUGUCCUGAUUUGUGGGUUUGGAAUGUAAACACAGGAGUUUUACGCUUGAAAUUGUCACAUUCCUCUGAUGAUUCACUCACUGCUUGUUCAUGGCAUAAAGAUGGCCAAAAAUUUGUCUGUGGAGGAAUCCGCGGACAAUUUUAUCAAUGUGAUUUAGAAGGAUCUGUUUUGGAUUCUUGGGAAGGUGUUAGAGUAAAUUGUCUGUGGUGUCGUUCAGAUGGAAAAACUGUCUUGGCUGCAGAUACACGUCAACGUAUACGUUCAUAUAAUUUUGAUGAAUUAAGUGAUCAAAAUUUAAUACAAGAAGACCAUCCCAUUAUGUCUUUCACUGUAAAUAAAACUGACCGUUUAGCACUGCUUAAUGUCGUAUCUCAAGGUGUUCAUUUAUGGGACUUAGAAGAUAAGUGUUUAGUUCGUAAAUUCCAAGGAGUCACUCAAGGUCAUUUUUCAAUUCAUAGCUGUUUUGGUGGUGUUAAUCAUGAUUUUAUUGCUAGUGGAAGUGAAGAUAACAAAGUUUAUUUGUGGCAUAUAAAACAUGAAAAGCCUAUAGCAACUCUAACUGGUCAUACUAGAGCAGUUACAUGUGUUAGUUGGAAUCCUGUGUACCAUCAAAUGUUGGCAUCAGUUUCUGAUGAUUGCACUGUUCGUAUAUGGGGUCCUUCAGCUAAAUAUCGCAAACAAAAGACUAAUAAAAGUGAUUAUCUAUGGCUAACAAAUGGAAGUAGACUAGAAGUCAAGAAACUUUUGUAAGAAUUUUUAUUUAUUAAAAUAUAAAUGUUUGGCAAAGUUAAUAGUUACGCUCGAUUUUAAGUGAUAUAAAUAAAAAUACUACGCUUUUUAAA